GAAGAUAACCCGACGUGCAAACCCCGAAGGCCCAAACCCCAGUAGGUCUCGCCCCUCCCGAUCCGAACCCAGACCCAAACCAAGCACCGGCGGCGGCUGCAGCGAUGGCGGCGGCGGCGAUGAACACGGACGUGGAGGCAGUCGACUUCGACUCCGACGACGACGAUCUCAUGGACGAGGAGGGUGCCAUCGAACCCUCGCCGGCCCCCGCUCCCCGCCUCCGAUCUACCAUCGCAGGGGGCGGCGGCGGCGACGACGAUGCCCCGCGUAAGACCAAGGGGCGCGGCUUCCGCGAGGACCCUAACUCCUCGUCCGCGCACCGCGACUCGCGGUUAGCUGGCGCAGGCCGCUCAGGCUUCGACGCCCUCGCCUCCGAUGGCGGCCCUGGACCCGUGCGCUCCAUUGAAGGGUGGAUUGUACUGGUUACUGGAGUUCAUGAAGAAGCUCAGGAGGAGGACCUCCAUAAUAUUUUCGGGGAUUAUGGGCAGGUCAAGAACUUGCAUUUGAAUUUGGAUCGCCGGACUGGAUUUGUGAAGGGAUAUGCUCUAAUUGAGUAUGAGAACUUUGAGCAAGCCAAGCGUGCAAUAAGAGAAUCAGACGGAACUGAGCUUCUUUCGCAGAUAAUAAGUGUUGACUGGGCAUUUAGCAGUGGCCCUGUCAAACAGAGAAAUACUCGGAAGAGGUAUGGUUUAUGUGAGCUUUCGUAUUUAGUUCUUUUUUUGGUUAUGUUAGAAGGAAAUUGCAGGCAUGACAGCUACAGGUUUGAUUGGCCCAACAUAUUUGUGAGAACCUUCUGGAUAUAGUGAUAAAAACGUUACUUAGGUACUCUGAACUACAAAUUAGUGUCCAACUGGCCAUAGUUAUCAUCCAUAUAUGAGGCUUUUAGGCAAGCACUAAAGCAGGAGUCAGCUCUAGAUUUUGGUGCAGAGACUGCUCGGGUGAAAUGUCGCCUGAUGCCUACUUGAGAGUUGAAAAUGGGAAGAGCAAAUCAUUCUCAAUUAUGAUUAAAAAAUUAGACUAGGAAUGGAGAAUAUAAAUCUACAGCGUGUUUGGUUGGGGAUAAUUAGAGCUAGGGAAUGGGAAUUGAAGGGGUACAAGACUUCAAAUCUAUUGUUUGGUUAAUGGGAUUGGGAAUUCAUAAGGGAAUAGUCAUGGGACUUGGGACUCACAUAAUUCCUAUCAUGCGCCAAGCAGAGGAUUGGGAAUAAAAUGACUCAUCCCAUGUCUAAUCUCAAUAGAACUCCCUACUCUAAAUUCCAAUUCCCCUUCCCAAAUGUUGCCAAACACGCUGCUACGUUAAGUUUGCUAAACCUAGUUUGAUGAAGUUAGUUUUGGUUUGGUGCUUUGGUUAAACGUGUACUGGCCACCAUGGUUUUUGAGUCGCUGUAUAGUCGCCGACUAAUCGCCAAGUUGUUUUCCAAAAAUCAGGGCGACUCGCGACUAUACAGCGACUUAUGGCGACUAUACAGCGACUUUCGUCGACUAUACACCGAGCUGCAGGGCUCGCAUCGCCAAGUCGCGACUCAAAAACCUUGCUGGCCACCAACUGAAAACCACCAAAUCAUUAUGAUAAAAAGAACAUUAGGAAUAAGAAUUAUAAAUCUAAAUUAAGUUUGCUAAACUUAGCUGGUAGUAAUUGGAUAUAGUUAUGUACCUUCUGAACUCUUGAUGCUUAGUACAAUCCCAAGAAGAUUUUUCCUGGCUGGUUUUCAAGUUCUUGAAAAUGCUUUAAUCUGAGGGGUUGGAGUUAUCCUUUAUUCCUUCUGCAUUCUCCCAAACAAGUAGCCCCCCCCCCCCCCCCCCCCCCCCCCCCCCCCCCCUCUGCUUUAUGCACUUCUUUUCUAAUAUCUGCUGAGAUUCCCCAAGUAAUAAUGUAGUACUUCUACAGUAGUUAAUCAUAGAGGAUUUCAGUUAAAUUUUGGCCAAGUGUUUUUGGCUAUGUAAUAUGAUUUUAUGGAUUUUAAUUAUACAUUGGCUUGUACAUAUGAUUUAUUUCUUCCAAUAUUUCCUAGUUUUACCUUGACGAUGCUUUUCUUGUCAUUGUUUCACUUUUUAAGCAUAGUCUGAAUGCGAGUCACCGACCAAAUGCAUACAUAGUCCAGUAUGUUCUUUACACAGCUCUCAGAACCGAAUAUAAUACCUGAGUUUGUACUGUGUUCAUUUCAGAUCACCGAGGCCUAAUCGCUCAAGGAGCCCACCAAGGAGAAGAUACCCUUAGGAGCGACGGAAUUGC